AUGGCUGCCAACGCCAGAUACGAACCAGCUCCUCAAAGGGACUCCUUCGAGGACCGACCCUACCCUCAGGCCCCGCCAUCUUAUCAGGCAACCGCGAGCAGUGAUGCGCCUCGCAGUGAGGACGACAAUGUCCCCGACGACUUCAAGUUUGGGGGCACCGUUGCGGAGGGCACCCUGCCCAUCCGUAUGCAGUUCAUCCGCAAGGUCUACGCCAUCCUGACCAUCCAGCUCCUUCUCACAACAAUCAUGAGCUCCAUCUCUUUCUUCAGCGAGAGCUACCGCCUCUGGAUCCAGUCCAACUUCUGGCUCAUGAUGGUCUCCGUCUUCGGCGCCCUCGGCUUCAUGCUCGUCACGUACUGGAAGCGCAAGAGCUACCCCGCCAACCUCCUCUUCCUUUCCGGCUUCACCCUGCUAGAAGCCUACUCCAUCAGCGUCGUGACCUCCUUCUAUGACGCCCGCAUCGUCGUCCAAGCGCUCAUCCUCACCUUGGGCAUCUUCGUCGCGCUCACCCUGUUCGCCUGCCAGACCAAAUACGACUUCACGAACUGGAUGCCCUACCUCUUCGGGGGCCUGUGGUUCCUGAUUCUCUUCGGGUUCAUGUCGGCGUUCUUCCCGUACAAUAGCACCGCGGAGCUGAUCUACGGUGGUCUGGCGGCCUUGAUCUUCUCGGCUUAUAUUCUCGUCGAUACUCAGCUGGUUAUGCGCCAUUACCAUGUUGAGGAGGAGAUUGCCGCUGCGAUCUCGCUUUACCUGGACAUCCUCAACCUGUUCCUGGCUAUUCUGCGGAUUUUGAACAACCAGAAUAAUCAGUAA